CGAGCGAGAAACACCAAACACCCCUCUCUCUGUGUGCACAUUCAGAAUAGAGAGAGCCAUGCAGUGAGAGAGAGAGAGAGAGGAAAGGCAGAAGAAUAAUGCUGAAGCGAUUUUUAGAACGACAUCUGUUGUCCGGAACAGAAUUCCAUGAUGAAAUGUGGUAAAAAAAUCUCAUGAUAUGCGUAGCAUGCCGAUGGAUUAAUUCAAUUACAGUAAUAAUACUCGAUGAUGCGGAGAGAGAGUAAAAAAAAUCAACCGAUCUUAUCUAUGACCGCUCGUUAAUCACCGAGUUCAAUCAAUCCAUCGAUGUUACUCAAUCUCAUUCAUCACCAUCUUGACGAGUGGAGAAGAAGGCCCGACUGAACCGCCCGUCGUUUAACGAGAUUAAUCCAUCCAUUUUACUCAAUCUCAUUCGUCACCAUCUUGACGAGUGGAAGAAGGCUCGACUGAGAGGAUUGAUUGGUUGGGGAGUUCACGAAUAUCGUGGCUUGAUUAAAAUCACUCAGAUGCUAUCAUGAAUUCUGCAUUUGAUUUCGACGCAGAGCCGAUGAGCAUCGGGUGUUCGAAUCAACCACGCCGGCACGCGCGAGAUAUGAUAGAGGAGGGAUGGAACCGGUCCCCAACAAUGGAAUGGAGACCGGAAUUGAAAAAACAAAAAGGAUAUGGUAGCAAGAGCGCGAAGGGAGGAGCUCCAGUCGUGAAGAGACGACAGCAAAGCAGCACACACAAAAAAAAAGAAGGUACAUGAUAGAGGAGAAGGGCUCAAAGGGUGUACCAAUAUCACACAGUCAAGAACCAUCUACCUUUCACCGGAAUAAAACGUACUCGGUCAUUAUAGCAGAAUUCGGCCACAUUUCAGUCUAGAUGACCGUACGUUUUAAUCGGGUGAAGAAGGGUACGGCGAGACUUGGGAAUGAUGACGGGCGUGCCUCCAUAAGGAGAAGAUAGUGGCCCCAAGAUUACUAUCCUUUUGCCCUGUCCCUCUCGCCAUCUCUUUCUCCCUCACUCUUCUCGUUCUCUUUCUCCGUCCCGCUCUGAAUCAUCAAAUACCCCCCUUCCGUUGCCUCUCUUCUCCCGUCGUUCCCCACGCCUUACUCCCCUCCGUUAGGAUCCUCUUCGAACUCCCGCUCUCCAUUUCUCGAUGGGGGGCUGCGGAUCUCGUAUGUCCUUUCCCUCUCUUCAUCGCUCGCUCUCCAUCACCUGCAUAACCACAUUUACCCUACUAUUCCAUUCACGAUUCAGGCCCUUCCUUCGUCAUUACCCUGCUCUCUCCUUUCCUCACAACCUGUUCCCCCCCCCUCCGCGCUGAGCUCAUUUUCCUGCCUUCCGAUCUCCUCUUCCCCACCUUGUCCGGAUCCCCCUGCACGACCUGCACCCAUUACCCUACUCCCUUGGCCUUCUUUCCCCCACACUUCAUCGGUUCGUACACCCUCACCCUCGAUUGCGACCUGCUGCCUGCCUGACCAGGCACUUGACCUCCCCCUAGUGUUCCUUCUCCUCCUGCCUCUCCGAAUUCACGCCAUGAUCCCCGCCACAGCAUGAUCCCGCCUACGUCCUUCCCGUAUCGACCGUGCACAGUCGUCGGUCUGUUGUGCUUGUUGAACAAGGCGCCGUCGGGGCAUCGUGAUGGAACACGUGUCGCAGGAGGUUCGUGGCAAGACCUUGAGCAGGGUGGAGAGAAAUGCGGUGGUUGCAGCAGUGUCGGCAGUGGCCAUACGAUGUCGCAUCGAGAGAACGACGGCGCGGUUGAGGACGAGAGUGUCUAUCCGCAGGCAGCGUGAGCUCCUCCACCACGUGAUGGCGGCACCAGACUGUGUGUCCAUGUCCGAAUCCAUUACCCAGUUCUGCGCCUCCAUGUCAUCCGGGGCGAUACCGUGGGCGACUCCAAGGUGGUGGAUGCGGAGAAGGACAGGUGGCACGUGGGAGGAUCUGCGGAAGACGGACGACGCCUCGGACGAGUACUACAAGGAAAAGCUGAGGAUGACCCCCAGGGUGUUCAUGGGGAUCGUGGAGGCGUUGUUUCCUCUUCUGCAGCGGCGGGUGACAUUCUCCAGGGUUCCUUUGCAGCCGGAUCACAUCAUUGCAUAUGCGUUGUACCGAUGGGCGAGCGGUGAGACGUGCGAGAGCAGCACGUCGCCAUUCGGAAUAGGGCGCGCAUCCAGGUUGAUCGCAGUGGAGGACGUUACGAGGGCGCUUCUGAGGGUGUACAAUGACAAGAUCGUUUGGCCUACUGGGAUGCGUCGUACGCUCGUUCUGCGUGCCUUCGAGGCGAAGGGCUUUCCCAACUGCUAUGGCUGCAUAGACUGCACGCACGUUUACGUCGACAAACCGGCGAACGCUCCUUCAGAGAACUACUUCGACCGGAAGCAUCGUUUCUCCGUUGUAGCGCAGGUGGUGGUGGACCUGGACUUGCGCAUCACGGACGUUUUCAUCGGUUACCCAGGGAGAUGCCAUGACAUUCGGGUGCUUCAGCUCUCCAGUCUGUGGGCGCGUGCGGAGAAGGGUGAUCUUUUCCGUGGAGCUCCUGUUGUGCUGUUGUUAGGAGUGACGACACACGAUUACAUUCUGGGCGACAACGGGUAUCGGCCGCUGGAGUGGAUUGUCGUGCCGUACGGGGGGACCGAUCAAAUCCCCGACGAGGAGAGGUUCGACAACAAGCAAAAGGUCGCCAGGGGAGCAGUGGAGAGAGCUUUCAGGAGAUUGAAAGGGAUGUGGAGGUUGUUCCUCCGCACACACAAGACGAAUAUGGACACUCUCCCACAACAGUUCCAAUCCGUGUGCAUUCUGUACAACAUCCUCCUUGACGCCGGCAUGGAGUUCGACGACAACUUGCUGUGGGAGGUCGAUGCUAAUGGCGUGCGGCGGCGAGUGGACUUGGGGUUGGAUCAUCCACCCCACCCCAUUGCUGAGAACUUCAAUCGGCCCCGUGUGUUGGCGCUACGUGAGGCAUUGGCGGAGUGGAUGAAACACGCGUGAGGGCGGGCACCGCGUCGACGGCACGUGGCUCUGUCGUCCUUAUGGAGGUCGUUCUGUGUUGUGUCCAGCGGAGGCAACCUGUGUUAUUUAGCUGGUGCUGGCGUGUUCCGUGCCCUGGGGUGUAGUGUACGUUCAGUGCGGGUUGUCAUUGAUCGCUAGUGUCGCGGAGUCGUCGUCGGAAACACUAUUCAUCCGCAGUUAUUUUCCUUUUUUUUUUUGUUAUACAUUUUGUAGUAGGUUGUUGGCCCCCGGUGAUGCGGCUUGUUGUGA